CCAAUUAAAUACUCCGUAGAAAGUUUAGACGAUCGAAGGGGAAGAGAUAUAUAUACACACAAAUAGAGAGAGAGAAAGGAAGAGAGAGAGAGAGAGAGAGAGGAUGGCUUCGUCGUCGAGCAGCGGACUGACAUUCAAGCUCCACCCACUGGUCAUAGUGAACAUAUCCGAUCACUACACGAGGGUCAAGUCCCAGUCCCAACCGCCUCACGCCGCCCCUGACGGCGGCGAAGAAACAACGCCGCCUCCACCUCCGCCUAGGGUCUUCGGUUGCGUAAUCGGCGUCCAGAGGGGACGCAUGGUCGAGAUCUUCAACAGCUUUGAGCUUCUCUACGAUCCCUCCACCCAUUCUCUCGACCGAACCUUCCUCUUGAAGAAGCAAGAACUCUAUAAGAAAGUCUUUCCCCAGUUUUAUAUACUUGGGUGGUAUUCUACUGGGAGUGAUGCUCAAGAAUCAGAUAUGCACAUUCACAAAGCUUUGAUGGAUAUUAAUGAAAGUCCUGUCUAUCUUCUCCUCAAUCCUUCUAUCAAUCAUGCACAGAAGGAUCUCCCAUUGACCAUCUAUGAAAGUGAGUUGCACGUCAUCGAUGGGAUUCCACAGCUUAUUUUUGUGCAGUCAAGCUACACUAUUGAGACAGUAGAAGCAGAACGGAUCUCAGUUGACCAUGUUGCACAUCUGAAACCAUCUGAUGGGGGUUCUGCUGCAACUCAAUUGGCUGCUCACCUUACGGGCAUACAUAGUGCCAUAAAGAUGCUGAACAGCAGAAUCAGAGUGCUUCACCACUAUCUUCUUGCCAUGCAGAAAGGUGAUAUUCCUUGUGAGAAUUCGUUGCUUAGACAAGUGUCAAGUCUCUUAAGGAGAUUACCAGCCAUUGAAUCAGAAAAAUUCCAAGAUGAUUUCCUGAUGGAAUACAAUGACACAUUACUAGUUAGUUACUUGGCGAUGUUCACCAGUUGCUCAAGUACAAUGAAUGAGCUGGUCGGUAAAUUCAACACGGCAUAUGACAGGCAAGUUCGAAGGGGAGGGCGAACUGCUUUUAUCUGAAAGCUGCUCAUCUUACUUGUCACGAUCCUGCAUACUAGAGAUAAUUAUUUAGUGGCUGCAGCUCUCAUUUUUGUGUGCCUAGUACGCAGGAGUUCUGAAAUUAUACUACCUUGGAUGGUAGACAAGUCAUGACAUAGUAGUUUUGUUUUCUCCGUCCCUUUAUAUUUCUUUCUUUUUCGAAGUUGGAAAAUUCUGUGGAUUGUGGUUUUCUUGCUUCUCUUUUUGUUUUUUUGGCACUUUCACAAUUCAAUUUGCUGAUUAUAUUAAAUUUAAUCUAUAGAAAGCUUAAGAUGUUUCUGCUGUUGUGCCUGAAA